AGCGUUGCUUCAGCCAGUUGUCUCUGCGCCAUUCUCUCUGCACAUUUGCAAUUCAUAUAGCAAAGCCAGCUAAAAUCAGCUAACAUCAUGUAUGCCAAGUGCUGCUUACCACUUUUGCUGCUGCUUCUCUGCGGUGCGAUUGCCAGGAGUGAGCCGGUGCCGGCGACAAAGGAUGCCAAAGCGAACGAUUUAGCGACUGCCGAAACUUCAGCCAAGUUGCUGAACUUGGGCGGUUUAUUUGGACAGGGCUCUGGCUAUCCCAACUAUGGCUAUAAUUAUCCCAAUUAUGGCUACAGCACGGGCUACUACAAUAGACCCAACACCGGCUAUUAUCCCAGCUCCGGCGCUGGCUACUAUCCAAGCAGCACCUACAACGGCGCCGGCUUCUACCCCAGCACGGGCGGCGGCUAUUAUCCCAGCAGCGGCUACUACCCGACCACAAAUAUAUUGGGCACUUCGGGAUACGGCGGUUACGGUGGAUAUGGAGGCUUGGUGCGCACCACAUACGGCUAGCAGUGCGACAGAGACAGAGACAGAAACAGCGAAGAACCAAGCAGCAGCUGUUAUGCUUCAGCAAACACCACAGCGCCACCAACUCCAACAACAACAACAACAUCAACAGUAGCAACAACAACAUGCAGCAGCAUAUAGUAUAAUAGUAAUAGCAUUAUUUUCGCAACGUUAGCUCGUAAAGUUUAGCAUGCACUUUAUUGCAAUGCAGCCCGCAUUAACUUACAAAACAACCCUCGUAUCUGACAGACGCAUUAUCACAGCGAAAAAUUAAAUAAAAUGCAAAGAAAAA